AUGGACCCUUUGCUGGCUGUUGAAUCCGCCACAUUUAGGUCCGUGAUCCGGUUUAUCUAUAUAAUAACUAUACGUCUUCCACCAGCUGGUGUGCAUUCUGUGCCGUUUCCUGUUGGGAGAUCUGGAUUUUGCAUGCCGACGACGGUUGCGGAGUCUGAGGCACAUUCUCUCGCAGCGCUUUCUGGUAUUGUUUUUGCGGCCCUGUCAACUCCGGCGGGAUCUGCUUCUGUCAAUGUCAAUGACUGCUUCGCUGAAGUACUAAUGAUCAGACACGGGUUAACACUGGCACAAGGCUUGUUAGAUUUAGAGAGCACCUUGGCGGCUCCUGAUGCACGGUGUCUUGAGGAUGCGCUAGUCUUUGCAGUGACGCGGAUACUGGAGCUUCCGCCUUACAGUGUUGAUUCGGCCCGACGCGGUGCCGCUUUUGGCGCAUUGGCCGGACACGCAUGGGGGAACGAGUCCCACUUGAAGCCAUUACUCCAGCAUAUGAUCUCGACUACUAGUCUUUCUGAGCAUUGCCUCCAUACUGAUGAUUCGACAUGCUCUAUACGCAGUACAUGA